CGCUUAAGCCGCACAGCGGAACCAUUGUAUUAUCGUGUUUUCCGUACGGACAAUUGACGCAGCGUGAACGGCGGAAGUUUCUCUGCGUUCGCGAAAACCCCAUUUUUUUGAGUUUCUUUUCCAUCGGUUUCAUGCAGUUCCAUGUUUCAUAUCUGUUCGUCGCUGUUUUGCUAAAGUAAAAUGGACAAGAAGAUGUUUGCCGGGCUCCCGGAGCUCGGGAUAUCAAAUGGAGAGGACCUGAAAGAAACUUUAACCAACUGCUCGGAACCCCUGAAAGCCAUCGACCAGUUUCAGAUGGAAAACGGCAUCCUGCUGCCGACGCUCCAGUCUGCUCUACCAUUCCUGGACCUCCACGGAACUCCACGACUGGAGUUCCACCAGUCAGUGUUCGAUGAGCUGCGGGACAAGUUGAUGGAGCGUGUGGCCACCAUUGCAGAGGGCAAGGACAAUGAACGGUACGGGAAGCUGGAGGAGCUGCUGGAAAAGAGCUUUCCUCUGGUCCGAAUGCCCUCCAUUCAGCCUGUGGUGAUGCAGGUGCUGAAAUAUUUGCCCAAGGUCCCAGAAAAGAAGCUGAAGUUUGUGAUGGCGGAUAAGGAGCUGUAUAAGGUCUGUGCGGUGGAGGUGAAGAGGCAGAUCUGGCAGGACAACCAAGCGCUGUUCGGGGAUGAAGUCUCCCCGCUGUUGAAGCAGUACAUUGUGGAGAAGGAGGCGGCUCUCUUCAGCAGCGACCUCUCCAUCCUACACAACUUCUUCAGUCCUUCUCCGAAAGCACGCAGACAGAACGAGGUGGUUCUGAAGUUGACCCAGAUGAUUGGGAAAAACGUGAAGCUUUACGACAUGGUGCUGCAGUUUCUGCGGACGCUCUUCCUGCGAACACGGAACGUCCACUACUGCACCCUUCGCGCCGAGCUGCUGAUGUCUCUCCAUGACCUGGACAUCGGGGAGAUCUGCUCCGUGGACCCCUGCCACAAAUUCACUUGGUGUUUAGACGCCUGCAUCCGUGAGAAGUUUGUGGAUGGGAAGCGGGCCAGAGAGCUGCAGGGCUUCUUGGACGGAGUGAAGAAAGGACAGGAGCAGGUCCUGGGAGAUCUGUCCAUGAUCCUGUGUGACCCCUUCGCCUGCAACACUCUGGUCUUGAGCAUCAUGAGGAACCUGCAGGAGCUUCUGAGCCAGGACUCCCUGCCCAGGGAAAGUCCAGACUUGAUGCUUCUCUUGAGGAUGCUGACUCUCGGCCAAGGAGCCUGGGACAUGAUUGACAGCCAGGUGUUCAAGGAGCCCCGUUUGGACCUGGACGUGGUCACCCGCUUCCUGCCUUCUAUGAUGUCUGUGGUGGUGGACGACCACACCUUCAACGUGGAGCAGAAGCUUCCCAGUGAGGAGAAGAGCUCUUCGUCCUACCCGAGCACGCUGCCCGAGGCCUUCACCAGGUACCUGCAAGAAAACAAAGUGGCCUGUGACAUGGGCCUCUACUACGUCCUUCACAUUGCCAAGCUGAGAAACAAGAACGCCCUGCAGAGAUUACUGCCAUCACUGGUGGAGACCUACAACGACAUGGCCUUCACCGAUGUCUUCCUGCACCUGCUGACCGGACACCUUACCCUCCUCUCAGACGAGUUUGGAACUGAAGAGUUCUGCUCCGUGGUCUUCGACAGCUUCCUCCUCACCUCGUAUUCCAGCAAAGAGAACGUGCACAGACACUGCCUGCGACUGUUGCUCUACCUCCAUCACAAGGUCCUGCCUUCCUACAUGGAGACGCUGAUGAAAACGCUUGAACCUCCAAAACAGAGCAGCGACCCGCUGAAGGAGCUGUACACCCAGCUGACGGAGAAGAUGGCGGUCCAAAAGAAGACUCCUCCUCCGCCAGAAGAGGCGCCGGCUCUGGACUUGGGCCUGCAUCCCGUCACCGUGCCCACCACCCCCUCCACUCCCAGCACCCCCCUCUAAGAUGGCCGCCUCUGCAGGACGCGCACGGAUGUUCUCUGUUUAAAGUGGUUGUUUGCCAUCUUUGUGUCCAGCUCUUAUUUUAUAAGGUGAUUUCCACCUGCACGUUUGAUGUACAGUUUUUUCGCAGGCCACUUGUUUUUGUUUACAGAUUUGACCUGUAAAUAAAUAAUC